GAAGUAUUUAAAAAGAUUGGGACUAAACAGGAUCUACCAAAACAAGGAUGAGUAUCUUUAUGAAUUAAUUCUUGUAAAAGUUAAAAUGCAUGUAUCUAGCAGCAUGAUGUAUCUAAGUGCGAUAAUACUUUUUAUGUUAAUAAGUUGCGUUAUUACAUUUAAUUUAACAAUCUUACAUACGAAUGACGUCCAUGCACAUUAUGAGGAGAUGAAUAAAUAUGGUGGUCAGUGUGACAGUCCAGGAAGUUGUUACGGGGGUAUGGCUAGACUUAAGUACAAAGUGGAUGAAAUCAAGAGACUGUAUCCCAAUACAUUGUUUCUGGAUGGAGGAGACCAGUAUCAGGGGACCCUGUGGUUCACACAUCACGGAGGGACCAUCGUACACACCUACAUGAACCUCGUAGGAUAUGAUGCAAUGGCUUUCGGAAAUCAUGAAUUCGACAGAGGCAUUUCAGGACUUAUGACACUUCUAGAAAACAGCAAUAAUUUUACAAUUCUAAGCUGUAAUAUUGAUACAACCAGUGAACCGAGCGUUCAGAAUAAAUUCGUAAAAAGUGUUAUCAUGGAGAGAGGCGGUGAAAAAAUUGGUAUCAUUGGUUACACUACAAAGAGUACUCCUUUUGUUUCAAAUCCAGGCAAUUUAAUAUUUUUGGACGAGGUGACAUCUAUUCGAACACAAGUAACCAUUCUUAAAGACCAAGGAGUGAACAAGAUCAUUGCUGUUGGUCACGCAGGAUUUAAAGUCGACCAGAAAAUAGCCGCUGAAGUGGAUGAUGUCGACAUUGUUGUUGGUGGCCAUACUAAUACGUUCCUUUAUACAGGAACAGCACCAUCCAACGAGAAACCAGUAAAUGUAUAUCCUACUGUUGUCACAAAGAAUAACGGCGACAAAGCUUUAGUAGUACAAGAUUAUGCCUUUGCUAAAUACCUUGGAUUUCUGCAAGUAGAAUUUGAUAACGACGGGAAAAUUAUAAGCUAUGGUGGAAACCCUAUAUUACUAGAUAGUACAAUACCUAAAGAUGAAGCUAUACAGAACAUAACAAAUGAAUUUGGAAAGGAGGUUAUAUCAAUGAUGAAUAAUGUUAUAGGACGGACUUUAGUUUACCUGAAUGGAGAUCGACAUACCUGUAGAUUACAAGAGUGUAAUAUGGGGAACUUGAUUGCAGAUAGUCUUGUUCAUCAGAAUCUACUACAUGCAGACAGCAUUGCUGGAACUCAUGUCUUCAUCUCUUUAGUGAACUCAGGGUCUAUACGAUCAUCACUGGACAGAGGAAAUAUUACGAUAGGGCAUGCUUUACAAGCACAACCGUUUAGAAAUACAUUGGAGACAAUCAAACUAAGGGGAGAUUACUUACUGCAAGCAUUAGAACAUAGUGUUUCGGACUAUGAUGUUGAAGAACCUAGUGGAAAGUUUUUACAAUACUCAGGAAUAAAAGUCAAAUAUGAUUUAGCAAAACCCCCGCAACACAGAGUAGUUGAAGCUUCAGCAAUCUGUCAGAACUGUACAUUUCCUGCAUAUGAACCUAUUGAUAAAACUAUUAUGUACAGCUUGAUUUUAUCCAACUUUAUUCUGACGGGUGGAGAUUCGUAUCACGUGAUUAAAGAUAAUGCAGAGUUAACACAUACUGUUGGUGAUCUGGAUUCAGAUGUUCUGAUUGAAUACGUUAAAAAUGCAUCGCCUUUUUACCACGGCAUUGAAGGGAGAAUAACGAUUGUUAAUUCAACAGGGAUUACUGACAGUUUAACAUGUGAUAAUGGAGCCAUAUUAACAUGUGAUAAGGUGAAAUGUCCAUGUGAUUCAACAAACAGGGCUAUAUCUACUAACACCAUACUUAGCUUUAAUGUGUUAUGUUUGUAUUGUAUAUUGCAUUAUUGUUUUAAAUCAUUUUAAUCACUAUAGGCAUAAUAGGAUUACAGAAUAAAUCGAAAUUAGUCCGGAAAAAUAGGCAAAUGAUUUGAUUGUUAACAGUUGCUCAAUCUCAGUUGUAGGUGAGAGUUACAUGUAUUCAUUAAAGUUUGUAAGAAGGAAUGAUAUAAUGUACAAUAAAAAAAAAUCAAAGCUUUUGAAAGUCUGAAAUAUUUAGAGAGUUUUUAAAGGCUCAAAUGGAGUAGAAUUAGAUUUAUAUUAGGUUUCGUUUGUUAGAACAAAAAACAUACCAAAUGUGCAAAAGGUUAGGAUAUGCCUUUAAAUUUGAUUUUUGCUAAUAUUCAAAUUGAUGAUAUUUGCGAAAAUUUCAUGAAAAUGAUGCAAAACUUGUACUAUUGUUAUAUAAUAUUUUUUUUCUACCAAUUUAUUGUAAAUUUGGCGACAGAAAUUUCUAUCAUUAGUGAUAAAGUUGCUAAAAUAUAUACUCUUAUCAACAGCUUGUCAGACCACCUUUAUUUGGUUUCAAUACAUUUGACUUUAAGCUGGGGUCACAUAUUUACGAUUUUUAUUACCGUUCUUGACAGGACCAUUCCCGAUUAAAAUGUAUUAAAAGUCUGAUCAAGAUCCUGUGAAUCGUGGAUGGAAAUUCAAACUUAAAUUAAAAUUUGUAAAAAAAAUAAUUUGAUCACGACAACAAUCAGAUAGUGUUCAGGAAGCACCGAUAUUCAACCGUUUCUAAGCGAAUAAGUCCCGAUAAUGCCGUUCUGAAUCCGCUUCUAAUCCGAUUUGCAUUUUUCGCCAGUUAAAAUUCGACCGAGUCUGUCACGACUGCGUCCCGACUCUACCGAAUGUAAUCCGACUGAGAUCAGACAGUGACCAGACUGUGAACCGACGCUGACGGAAGUUAUUUGUUCGAAAACUGUCGGCAUAUUCAGGAUAAUCAGGUACUGUCGGAACGUAAUCCUAUCACGGUCCGCUCUAUCGCAUUGCAAACGGCUUUGUCUGGUCUCAGUCGUAUUGUAUUCUGUAGUUGUCGGGACUCUGACGUGGGUAUCGUUGACGAAUUUCGUAUUAAUAACGGGACUGUUUCGGAACGGUUUCGGCAAAAAACGGUUCGCAAUCGACAAGAUCUAGAUGCAAUCUGGACUCAAUCGGCAGAAAAACAGCUAUGAAAAAUUACUCCGGAUCAUUCCCGUUCCACAGGACACCGUCCAGAAUACACAAGACAUUGUUCGGAAUUCGAUCCGAUACAGCAGAAUCUGUCACGACAUAGCCACGAUUGUAAUCCGAUUAGACAAAAUCGGCUGAGUUGCUCCGAAUGUUACGGGACGCACCUAACUGUCGGGAUGCUUUGCCGAACUAUUCGGACCCUUCCCGAUCCGUAGGAAUCUGUUACGAACUAAAACGACUGCGUUCAGACAAUGAUAGGACAUUCCAGAUAAUUGAGGAUACCAAUCGGCAAUGUGUGAACCCCGCAUUACAAACAUAUCACACACUAUAUUCAACUUUCUGGUUUAUAUGUUAUUCAGGUAGACAAAGUGUCAUAUCCUAUGUAAUACUAUUUGUCAUUGUUGAUCUCUAUUUUAUGAAAAAAAUAUUUAAAGGGGCAAUAUCAGUAUUAUACAACAAGUAAUGUGAUCAAAUGCUAAAGACUAUUUUAUAUGGAAAUGAAAUGUGAAUAUAUAUGUUGUAUGACGCCGGUGUUACAUUUGUUUUGUAUUUAAAAAAAAUAUUAAUAUUUUUUCAGAACGUUUUAUACUUUUUAUGUUUUUUAUGUAUAGUUAUUGAUAAAUGUACCAGACCUGUAUUCUUUAUUCCAUUGUAAUAUUAUGAUUGUUUAUUUUUUUCUUUAUUGACAAGCAUUUUGUCCAAUUAAAAGCUUUACUAUUUGUAAUUUAGUUUAACCAGAUAUUUAGUACACAUGUUUCCUUAUGAGAAUAGUCAGGUACUAUUUACUACAAAACUAAUGCUGUGUAGGUUCUUGUUAAUGUCUGUGUUGAUGCUUAAUAAUUUACAUGUUCUA